AUGAGCUGCAUCUGGAGCUGGCGACUAUUAACAGUUUUAGGAACUAUAAUAACAUGUUCUUACACAUUGGCAUUUAGCAAUUCAAUAGAAACAGAUUUUAAAGAAAUAGGAGGCCCGGUUAUAAUUCCAUCGAAAAGUGAAAUAAUAUUGAAAAAGGGUCAAAAUUUUACAAUUUAUUGUAAAUCAAACAAUCCAGUACAAAUUAAACAACAAGAAAUACCGGAGGAAAUAAUCGAAUCCUUCGUAAUGAUCGAAAGAAACGUGACAAGUUCUGACGACCAGUAUGAAUUUGAGACCGCUUUAGAUUUAUACAACGUUGAUCAAUUUGCAGUCGGCUAUUAUGCUUGUUUUGAUAAUACUGUAAAUGUGAAAGACAUUCUGAGUAAUUUAAUGCAUGAACCAGUUAAUACCAAACACGUAACGUACUUAUACGUCUACGUCGACGAGACCAAUAGCUUAUUUGCACCAAUGAGGGAAGUUGUAAUGUCGAGAAGCGGGUCCAUGGUCGUAAUCGAAUGUAGACCAACGACACCGGAUAUAAAUGUUACUCUCGUAGGGGAAUUUGCAGACAGUGAAUCCCAACAAUAUAGUUUUAGCCCUAAGAUCGGGUUUGCCUUCGAUAGUGAUGCCCUCUUGGAUAUCCCAAUGAGCAUUUUCAAAUGUAACUUUAUGAGGCGAAACUUAGAAAGAAAGAUCGAAGUUUUUGUAAAUAAACCUAAAAAUGCAGAGGCUCCAAAACCUACCAUCCAAAGUGACUCCAUAUAUUUCUUGGAGGGUGAAACCUUUUCUAUGAAUUGCACAGUAACAUCACAGCCUCCGCUCAUGUUACAAUGGACUUUUCCGAGACUAAAAUCAAAGGGCCUAAUUUUAAACGACACGAACGAACAAAAUGUCACUGACGGUAUCUUAUAUUACCAUAUAACCAUAGUUAACGCAACUGAGGAAGAUGAAGGAAAUUACACUUGUAUAUCAAAAAACAGCAACAGCAAACAACAAACAACAACCAAAAAAGUCUACAAAGGUAAACACGGUUUUAUUAUUCUCACAAAAGGGAAAAGCAGAGAUGGUCCACUAGAAACCAAACAAGGUUCUAUAAAACUUCAAUAUCAAAUCGAAGACUAUCCUCCAUCUACAUAUUACGUAAUGAAAAACAAUGAUAAGUUGCCAGUAGAGAGUGAAAAAUACAAAUUGAGCAGACAGAAAGGUUCCAUAAUAUUACACAUAAAAAAUUUAAAUAUAUCAGAUACAGCCAACUAUACAUUAGUUGCCAGUAAUAAGGAUGUCACUAAGAAUGUUACGUACGACAUUCGAAAAAAAGCCGCACCAAUUGUGGACUUUGGACCAGAAACGGAUAAAAGAUAUGAGAUACAUCAAAUGGCAACGUUAAAAUGUGAAGCGAUUGGGUAUCCUUUACCCACCAUUGAGUGGAUAUUUACGGAUAAACGUGGCGGAGAACAAACAAUUCGGGCGACACAAAAUAUUGAAGAGUCUCUAAUAAAAGUGACGUCUUACCUCACUUUUAAUGUUCGUACAUCGGGAAAUAUAACGUGCCACGCCUUUAAUGGAAUGAACACCACGGAUUCCACAAGAAGAUUUCUUGUGUAUGAGAUAGCAGGAGGUUUUGGUAUUAAGAAUAGCGACGACACUUGGUUCCCCGAACGUCAACAGGUUGUUUUCAGAUGCUAUGCUUCUAAGUACGACUUUGUCAAUGUAACAUGGCGUCGGCACGAGGACGAAAAAAUCACUGGUCAUGAAAUUAAGGUAUUGCAGUCAGAAUUUUCAUAUAUAGCCGAGUUAAUAAUAAACAGCAUUAUGGUUGAAGAUGCGGGUACUUAUACUUGUGUUGGAUAUAAAGAAAACUCGGAAGAGAAACAAAUGAUAAACCUUACAGUGGCAGAAACUCGACUUCCUAUUGUAACUCAACCGAAUAAAAAGAUGGAACUCGAAGUAAACCCAUAUCAACCAAUUAGAAUUAGUUGCCAAGCAAGCGCUGUACCACCGCCUCAAAUAACGUGGUAUAAGGAUGGAGAAUAUCUGUUGAAUAACAGCAAUGUGGAAAUAUUUACUGAGAACCUUAAUCAAACCACAGUUAAUUCAUCCAUUGAUAUAAGGCAAAUGCUGGAAGAUUAUAAAGGGAAAUACGAAUGUGUUGCGGAAAGCGGUGGUCAAAUUACGAGUGGCAUAUACAAUGUCGUAUUAAAAGAUAAAUAUACCUAUCGCUCGGCAAUAUAUUUAAGUAUAAUUGCUGUUGUGGUGUUCCUACUUGUUUUAUUAAUGACAUAUUUGAUAUGGAAAAGACGUGAGGAGCAACAAUUUAAGAGAGAAUUGGCGAAGGCUGGUUUACUAAAUUUCAAUGAAGGUGUUACUAGAUCCCUUAAUCCGGAGCUUGGGAUCGACGAACAGGCGGAACUCUUACCUUACAACCAAAGAUUUGAGUUCCCUUCUGAAAAACUUAUUUUAGGUAAGCAAUUGGGAGCAGGUGCUUUCGGCGUUGUAUACAAAGCUGAAGCCAGGGGUAUCAUCAACGCUGAAGAAACGACUCCAGUCGCCGUCAAGAUGGUGAAGAAAACAGCCGAUAAUAUGUAUAUAAAGGCACUGGCCUCUGAACUGAAGAUAAUGGUCCACCUUGGAAAACACAUUAACAUAGUAAACUUAUUAGGUGCUUGUACUAAAAAUGUUGGGAAACGGGAAUUGAUUGUAAUCGUGGAAUACUGUAAGUUUGGCAACAUACAUAACUACAUGCAAAGACACAGAGAAGUUUUUAUAGAUCAACUCACUGAAAAUAAAGAUAGGAAUCUUGGGAAAGUAAAUAGAGCCUUUUCCAGCAGUACCGCGAGUAGUGGAAUGCAUUCGGAUUAUUUUAGUUCCAACCACUCUCAAAACACAGACCACACGUUUGUUAAUACGGCGAACACAAACAGAUCUGCAAGGAAAGAUAAUGCUAAUCAACAAGUGGAAUUCGUUGGAGUAUCAGAGACAGGAUACGUCCAACCGGAAUGGCGAUCCAAUUAUGAAGGCGACUACAAUUAUGACGGCCGCAGCCCACGCCCUCUCACCUCCCGAGAUCUCUUAGCUUGGGCAUUUCAAAUUGCUAGAGGAAUGGAAUAUUUAGCAAGUAGAAAGGUUCUUCAUGGAGAUUUAGCAGCAAGAAAUGUUCUAUUGGCGGAGGAUAAUAUCGUAAAAAUUUGCGACUUUGGUUUAGCCAGAAGCAUUUACAAAAAUGACGAAUACAAGAAGCAAGCAGAUGGGCCAUUACCUGUUAAAUGGUUGGCGAUUGAGUGCAUGAUUGACCGAAUAUUCUCGACGCAGUCUGAUGUUUGGUCUUUUGGUAUUGUGUUAUGGGAAUUGUUUUCUUUAGCCAAAACUCCUUACCCUAACAUAAGUCCUGCACACCUCAUAGAAUGGCUUAGCAAUGGAAAUCGUUUGGAUAAACCCCAAUAUGCUGACGAUCGCUUAUACGACGUUAUGCUUCGUUGUUGGGAACAAAAGCCUACAGCAAGACCUAAUUUCUCACAACUACAGGAAAUUCUUGGUUCUUUCCUGGAAGAUAACGUGCGCAAUCACUAUGUUGAUUUAAACUCGGCCUACAUGGACUUGAAUGUGAAGACAGAAGGUCAAGAGGACUAUUUAGCAAUGGUUUGCGCUCCUGAUUACAAUAAUAUGGUAACACCAAGCCCUCAUCAUUACGUCAACGACGCUAGAAGCUUUUUCCCAUCUACACCAACUCAGCUUCAGCACGACGACGAAGGCUAUUUGCAAAUGAGCCCAGCGAACCGAUCUAUAUUCAGUCCACGAGAACCGACCACCAAAUUUGAUUUCGAUGCACGCAAAUUAAACCCAAGGGUUUCUGAACCAAAUAGUCAGGGCUCUGAGUUAACACAGUUAUUAACUUUGAAUAACUUGCCAGCCAGAGGCGGUUCUGAAUCCGAUCACGAUGGUAAUACUUCUCCUUAUCUCAACAUGUGUCCACGUAUCGAUGAAGAAACCGACGAUGUUUUUGAGACGAAGCAGUACAAUUUUAAAAAUGUACAUAACAAUCAAAACAUCGGUGUAUCUAAUCCCACAUAUAUUAAAUUCGAUGUAGAGUUGGAGAAGAAACCUCAGAACAAUUCCAAUAAUUACAUCAACGUCAACGUACCGAAUGGUCUAGUCAAAUAA